GAGACUCCUGAUUACAUUGUGUAAACUAAACUAUGGCUCGUCAGACUGAAGUGGUUUUGCUUCUUCUUCUUGCCCUGGCAGCAGCAGCUUUUGAUGCUAAAGAGGGUCGAGUAAACGGCAAAUGUCCAUCUGGAUGGGUGACAUAUGGGGGACGCUGCUACUUGUAUCAGGCCAACAGAAUGGACUGGGCUUCUGCUGAGAAACGCUGUCUGGAUAUUGGCGCACACCUAGUCUCGAUACACAGCGAAUAUGAAUACCAGCUAGUGAAGGCUGUUAUUCGUGCUUUUGACCCAAGGGAGAAUCCAACAUGGACCGGGCUGACUGGCUGUCAGAAGAAAUUCAACUGGUUUUGGUCUGAUGGCUCUAGAUUGACUUUUACCAUGUGGAACCCAGAUGAACCAAAUUUUCAAGAUGAAGAAUGUUGUGUGCAUGUGAACUGGGCUAGCUCAAAGAACUGGAAUGAUAUUCCGUGUGAUCUUAGCUAUCCCUUUGUGUGUGCCAGGAGUUUUUAACAGAAAUGCUCCCAGCCACACCACACCAACUAUUAUACCAUGUUGGAUUGUUUGUUUUCUUGUCAUUCAUUUGUAAAAAAAUAAAAAUAAAAAUACAUAUAACAUUAUGUGGAAAUUGAUAAUAAUCAGAGCAAUAAAAAAAAUUC